AUGCGGCUUGCAUCCAAAGCUCUCACAUUCCGUCAGAAAUUACAAGGAAACAGACUCAAAACAUGUGAUUCUCUAUACGAUGUCGCAGAUAUGCUUGUCCGACAAGGGCGCCUUUCCUCAGCUAUCGAGCUCCUCAAACAGCUUAUAGCUAUAUCAGAGACCUUAACCGAGGCCGAAGGGCAGCUUGCGCGAGCCAACUACAAGCUGAGUGUUUUGUAUGGCGAGAAAGAUAUGCUCUCAGAGAGCCAAGCUUGUAAAGCUCGCGCUAUUUCUCUGAGAGAUAAACUGAGACCUGAAAGCAAAGAUAGACCGUUUGAGGAAAGCGAGUUUAUGAAGCUAUGUCUUUUUAUGUUGUGGUAA